CGCGCUCAGACCCAGGCUCGCACAGAGAACCAACCCGCGUUCGCGCUGCACGUGUGGCUGCCGAUCGCGACGAACUGCAUCGGCGCGUGGUUCGCGGAGGACCGCGCGCCCGAGGCGGAGGCGCUCGCCGCGCGCACGGGCGUGUCUGUUGAUGUCGCUGCGCACCAGAUCCUGGUGGGCGUGCAAGGGCGGGUUCUGCGCUGCGCGUACCUGCCGCCGAUAUACGACCACGAGCUGCAUCCUCAAGAUGCGCCCUUCCUGCCCGAGUUCUGCGGGAGAGUGCUCAUCCAAGUGCCCUCGUACGUCCCCCUUUUACCCGCGCCCUCUUACCUACACGAGACAUGACAGCGUGCUACGCGCCGCCGACGGCGCACUCACAAUGGACGCAGAUGCGUACCACCCCGAGGCGGCGGCCGCCCUGCGCGCGCAGUUCGGCGCGCACCCCGCCGUGUAUGCGGGCCCGCUCAUCUCGCGCGGGCCCGGGGCCCCAGCUACGCCUGCCGCACAGGAGGUGCAGGCGUUCUUGGAUGGGCAGCUGCGGGCACGCGGGGAGCGGAGUGUCCUGAUGAUCUCGUUUGGGUCGAUGUUCUGGCCGUCGGACCCGGCGAAGCUGCAGACGGUGCUCGACGUGGUCGUCGAGGCUGACAUUCCCUUCGUAAUGAGCUGCGCGAGCCCGUUCUCCGCGAUCUCGGACGAGACAAAGAGCAGGCUGAAUGCGUCUGGGAACGCCCUCCUCGCGGACUGGGUCCCGCAAGAGGCCGUCCUCAAGCACGCCGCGACCGGCUGGUGCCUGACACACGCAGGGCACAACUCCGUACUCGAGUGCAUAGACGCAAACGUUCCCAUGAUCCUCUGGCCAAUCGACGCCGACCAAUCCACAAACGCGAUCCACCUCUCCCGCACGCUCCGCAUCGCCUACGAGCUCCUCGAAAUCCGCAAUGGCGUCGGGCUCGGGCCCAUCCACGAGACGGGCGUCGCCCCAGCGGGCACGCUCGACGCCGUGCAAAUGGAGCUCAGGGGGGUGCUUGGGCGCGCGUUCGGGAGCGAGCGCGGGGAGGGCGAGGAGGUGCGGGCGAGGCUGGGGGAGCUGAGGGGGGAGUUGCGGGAGGCGUGGGGGGAGGGGGAGGGGGGCGUGGCAAGGAGGGGCGUGGAGGCGUUCUUGGACAGUUUGUGAGCGACUCCCGUAGAGAACGAGUCGGAGUGUAAUUAGAGAAGCGCUAGAAUCUAGAGAGCAUAGACGAAAUG